AUUGAGUACAACGUCUCUGUCAUCAUGAGUUUAAUCACACUGCUCCCCUGGUCUCUGGGCAGUAGAUGGCUGUCUGACAUGGUGACAUUUGCUGAGCCAAAGGCAGACUAGGGGUGGUCUCACAACAAGACACUCAUUGCAGAGUUUGAAGGGGCUGAGGUGCAAAGAUGGAGGUCGUUUUCCAGACAAGUGUGUGGCUAUGGAUGGGGGUGCUGCUUGUGUUGGGGCAGAUGGAACCACAAAAUCUAGCAGCUCAAUGUAGUUGUCCCAUUAAACACCCACAGGAGAAAAUCUGCCGUGCUGAUAUUGUGAUACAGGGCCGAGUUAUUGCGGUCCAAUCUUCAGGAACAGGACACUCAGCAAUGGGCGGCCUUCUUGAAUAUACCAUCAAAGCAACCAAGGUCUUCAAAGGUUCAGAAUCUAUCGUAUCCCGAGGAAAGAGGAUUAAAAUGAUCACAUCAAGUUCAGCAGGGAAAUGUGGAGUUACAGAGAUGGCAAUGGGAGAACUUUACAUUUUGACAGGUCUGGAGCUUGAGGGAGAGGUUUUCUUCAGUAUGUGUGAAUGGGUUCAGCAAUUUCAAGAUUUAACAUUUGACCAACGUAUAGGACUCAGGUCUGGAUACAUUCUUGGAUGUGGAUUUUGUCUGAUUGAUCAACAAGAUAACAGUAUUCCUGGUAUCCAUGACAACCAAUCAUCAGUGACUGGUAACAUCUGUUACCAUGAUCCUCUGGGCUCUGCACAUCUUAUGAUUGAAGACUGUGAGAGUCUGUUCUCAAAGUGUGUACCGCAAGAAGACAUGGAAGGAAAUAGGUGUGCCUGGACAGAGAGUAAACGCUACAAUAAGUGUGUGGCCAAACGGCUUAAAAGACACCAAGCAAUGCAAAUCAAGAUCCAUAAGAAACUGGAUGGCAAAAAAGAUGGCUGACUUCCAGUCUAUUUGGGUCAAUUAAUCAAACCCAUAUCAUUUAAGACUAUGCUUAAAAAUAUAUUAUACAUAAUUCCUCAUCUGACAAAAUUCAUACAAAUUAGACAAGAACUAUCUCCGCUAAUGUAAAGUUUAUAUUAUAAGUUGUUGAACAAAAUGUUAGCUGCCAAAACAUAGUUGGACAAAAUCUUAUAAAUUUAAACAUAAUUCAUAAAUGCCUGAGACAGUUUACCCAUUCGUGUUGGUCAAGAGCCUGUCAUGUGGGUGGUUUUAAACUGAUGAUAAAACACCAGCUGCUUUUAAACACAUUUCCUGCAUUCUGCACCACAUUGCAUAGUUUGCUGUGCGCGCCAUUUCCAUAUGAUUUUUAGCAAUACAUGUGUGAGGCAUACAUGUAUUUACCAUAUAGACAUGGCCAGAGGGCUAUCUCACAAUGGCUGGUUUCAAACAUGCGACAUGCAGGCCCUAGCCGGUUUUAAAUAUACGUGUGUUUUUUUUUAAACCAGCCAAGCAAAUAUUUAUUCCCUUAAUAUUAUUGUGAAUCCUUAAACUAAAACUGCAAUAAUGUUUUGUGAUUGUUCAUAUACUCAUGUAGAAUUUUACAUGUAAACAAUAUAUUGCAGUGCUUUUGUAUUCUCUUUUGGCAUUCAUAAUGACAGAAUGGGCACAAACACAUUGAUCCUGGGUGUGUAUCUGCUUAAUACUGUUUUUUUGGUGUUUUUUUUUUUAAAUAAAAGCAUACAUUUUAUUGACAAUUUUCUUCCUAAAGAUUUAACUUUCAUGAAACCCAGCACUUACAAUAAUUUUUUUUUUUAUUGACAAUUUUCUUCCUAAAGAAUUAAUUUUUAUGAAACCCAGCACUUACAAUAAACAUCCAUGCAACUGGGAAGUCACAAAAAAAGAGGAAAUUCAAAUCUUUCCAAGACUUUGUACAGUGUUUUUCUAUUUUCAA